AUGACAUCCGUUUGUGAGGACAUCGCUCUUAACAUGAACAAGACAACAAGUCACACUUCAGUUUUGUCGACCAAGAAAGGCAUAGUCAUAGACGAUAGAGGGCUUCCCCCUCUGCUUCGUGACUUGAGCUCCGAGGAAAUCGCCAAUCUUGAGAAGAAACUUAAACGCAAGAUCGAUUGGAGAAUGAUGCCUCCCUUGAUUGUCAUGUACAUCAUGAACUAUCUUGACAGGAACGCUAUUGGAGCCGCAAGAUUGGCCGGCAUGGAGGAGGAGUUGAAUCUUGUCGGCUAUGAGUUCCAAACCUGUGUUACCAUCCUGUUUGUAGGAUACAUCCUGAUGCAAGUCCCUUCCAACCUAUUCCUCAAUAGGAUCGGGAAGCCUUCGAUCUAUCUGCCAACCUGUAUGGCAAUAUGGGGUGUUCUCUGCGCUUGCAGUGGGGUUGCUCACAACUACCACGGCUUGCUGGCCACCCGUUUCCUGCUCGGCUUCUUCGAAGCUGCCUUCUACCCCGGAUGCGUCGCCACACUUGGCGCUUGGUAUGUCAAAGAGGAGCUCUCUUUGAGGACCGCAAUCUUUUACUGCGGCUCCAUGCUAUCCGGCGCAUUCUCUGGUCUCAUUGCGGCCGGAAUUACGGAUGGGAUGGAUGGAGUACUUGGACUAAGAGCAUGGAAAUGGCUGUUCAUCAUUGAGGGCAGUGCCACUGUUGCCAUCUCUAUCGCUGCCAUAUUUAUUCUCCCCGAUUUCCCAGCCACUACGAAAUGGCUUACGACCCAGGAGCGUGAGUUGGCCCUUUGGAGGCUCAAGGUCGAUGCUGCCGGCGAAGCCGACUGGACGGAGGGAAAGGAGCAGCCGUUAGCGGAUGGCUUCAAAAUGGUCCUCAAGGACCCUUUGAAUUGGAUCCUGCUCACUGUUGUGUACGGCGCUGCAUCGGCCAUUGCCAUCAACAGCUUCUUCCCGACAAUCGUGGCAGCCCUGGGCAAAGGGAAGAUAGAAACACUCCUGCUCACCGCUCCGCCUUAUCUAUUGGCCUGCAUGGUCUGCAUCGGUGUCUCCUGGAAUGCCGAUCGGACCAAGGAGCGAUACUGGCACACAGUCGGUCCCAUCGCCCUGGCCCUCGCCGGUUUUGUCAUCUCCGCCGCCACGACGGGUAUUGGCCCUAGGUACUUCGGUGCCAUGAUCAUGCUGCCGGGUAUAUACAGUGGCUUCAACAUGGCCAUGGUCUGGACAGCCAACACGAUGAGCAGACCUCCGGCCAAGCGUGCGGCUGCCGUCGCUUUCAACAACGCCCUAUCCACCAUUUGUAGCAUUUACGGGUCAUAUCUUUACCCGAACAACGCCGCACCCCGGUUCGUCCUGGCCUUUGGCGUUAAUGCGGUGUCGGCCAUCGGGCUGGCGUCAAGCAUCUUGACGUUUAUCGACAUCGGCUACAAGGUCGUGACUGGUAUGGUCGAGGCUGCUCAGACGGGCCGGGCUCCGCACACCGAACACAUCGAUGCCGUGGCUCACGACCUCAACGAUGCUAAGAGUCUUGUCGAAUAUCGCUCUCAGAUCCUGGUACACUUAAUCACCAUCCUCACUGAUCGUCAGCUAAAGACCCAGGUUCAGCUCGGCAACUCUUUGGGUGAAGCUAGAACGGAUCUGCGUGGUAUUAGAGAUACCUUGGACGAUGUCAGCACUGUCCUUAUGGACAUACAAUCGACCACUCGACCGAUACCAGACACUGAUGAUGAGACUCUACCCGAUCAGAAAGAGUUGUUGGACAGGUUUCAAAUACAGUUCCAAGAGGUCAAGGAUGCACCCAACAGUUUGGCAGCCGGUCGCUCAGAGAAGACGCCUGAGACACGCAUUCUGGAAAUGGUGUAUUUCGGAUCUUCCAUGUUUCAGAGAGAAGAAAUGUUGAAGCCUGCAGACGAAGCCACUUUCCUAUGGUUUGUCCAGGGCGUCUCAAGCGAGGAUGAUGGUAACACUGAAGUUGCCUCUCGUUUCGAGAAUUGGCUACGUUUCGGUAGUGGGGUUUUCCACAUUUCCGGCAAGGCGGGCUCCGGAAAGUCGACGCUGAUGAAGCUCAUCCUGUCAACAGAGCGAACUCAUGAGCUUCUGAGAGAAUGGGCUGGCGACAAGCGACUUCUCUUUGCACGCUUUUACUUCUGGGCUGGCGGUGACCAACUUCAGAAUUCCCUGGAAGGUCUUCAACGUUCCAUCCUCUUCGAAAUUCUCAUCCAGCGACCUGAGCUGGUCAAAUACGUGUUCCGCCUUCCGAGUGACCCCAAAUAUCGACUCUGUCUUUUCAUCGACGGCUUGGACGAAUACGGCGCAGACAUUAAGUCAGAGCCCCUGUCGGAAACUCAAAGGGAGGACUUGGCACAAAUCCUUGUUGACUCGGCGCGCAGCGAUCAUACCAAAAUCUUAGCCAGCUCUCGUCCACAUCCAGAAUUUAUCGACACUUUUGGGGACAACCAGCGUGUACACCUGCACCAGUUGACACAUGAUGACAUAAUUAAUUCGGCCGUCAUCUCUUUGAAAAGCAUCGGACUUUUGGAUUCCCCGGAGUGA